AGAGGAUGACGCAGGUAGAAUCGUACCGCACUUGAAUCAUGAGGAACAUAGCGUCGGCUCACGCCCUCUCUGUUUUCACUCUUUUUAUGUCGGUUUGCCUUCUGUGCUCGUCUUUUGUUUUAAAGAGAAACCGGUUGUUUGAUGGUUAUACUUGUUCUGGUUCGAAACGCGUGUUUCGUAUUGACAAUGUUUACACAAAUCUUCAAUGCGCUGUGUUUUGCAAAGGUGCGAUUUUCUAUGUUGACAUAUUUUACCAAAAGCAGAAAAGGAGAUGCGACGGAUGUAGGCUUUUUUUACAGACAGAACUGGAAACAGCAGAAGGGUCUUUGUAUUUUACAAGAGGAGACUGUGGGGUACCGGGAGCUAUUGCUUACGGAAAAAUCUCUCUGAACACUGGAACACACUUUAUGGACACAGCUAUUGUUAACUGUGACCCAAGAUUCCGGGCCAACUCUGACAGGAUAAAGUGCAAAUUUGAUGGUAAAUGGGAGACAGCUUUUUGUUGGGAACAUGAUUGCUAUGUCAAAUGGGCAAGCACCUACAGGGGAAGAAAAAACAUAUCUUAUUAUGGCAAUAAUUGCGAGAGAUGGGCUGAUCACACUGAUAAAAUUUCGGAUCCAUCAAAAAGGGCGUGGUUAUCAGCCUAGUGCAAACUACUGCCGCCUUUCGACUGCAAGAUGGUACACUUUAUCGUGUCUUGUAGGCAAAAAACCUAACACGUUUUUGCAAUCCUGUGGGAUUUAUAAAUGUUGACGAGGCAAUAGCAAAGUGCCUAACCUUUUAACUUUUGUUCACAGAUUGAUUAAUUAAAAUACUUAUUAUAAAUUAGUUUAAAACUAUAUAGAUGUAUUUUACCAUAAUGUAGUGAUUGAAGCAAGUCUUUUAUUCGGAAAGUGUUUUAACUAGUAUAUUUUUCUACAAUACAACAUAGCGGAUUGUUUUAUCAACCUUAACAAAGAUAUAUCAAUGUUUUCUCUUCACCGAAACCUUUUGGUGGAUAAUUUGAUAAAUGGCAAUGACAAUAGCAAAACACUCUUUAAGCUUGAAGAGACUUUCUUGAGUUUUUCUUCACCUGUAUGCUGGGGCUCAAAAUAAUAUUGUGUGCAAAAUUGCAAAGCUCUUUUCAAUCAAAUUGAGCUAAAAUAGCACAAAAUUCGAUUUCUUUUAUUUACUUCAGGAUAUAUGUCUUAAUUAUAUUCUGCAUAUAUUUCUGUAGUAAGUGCCCCAGCACUCUUCUUUGUAAGAAAUUCAAAUUUUAUGCUUUUAGGCUUUUGAUCCCAUCUCAGUAGAAUCCCU